GCCUUUUUAAAACAGGAAGCUGUGCUGUUUACUACCUGACUGCACAUGUAAUCAAAUAUUAUCUCCACCUCAUCGGCAGUGAGACCUGAGCUACUACUGGACUCAUAAAGGGCUUAGAACAUAAUCACCAGAGGCAAGUGGAAUGGCUCUGUACACAAAUGAAAGCCAGACUGUGGUUGAAAGCUUUGGGACCACACCUUAUGAAUAUGAGUGGGCACCACCCUGUGAGAAAGUCAGCAUCAAAGAGCUGGGGUCAUGGCUGCUGCCUCCACUGUACUCACUGGUGUUCAUCAUUGGUCUCCUGGGCAACGUGGUGGUUGUGUUGAUCCUCAUCAAGUACAGGAAGCUGCAAAUUAUGACUAAUAUCUACCUGCUCAAUUUGGCUAUUUCUGACUUGCUUUUUCUCUUUACUGUCCCAUUCUGGAUUCACUACGUUGUGUGGAAUGAGUGGUGUUUUGGCCAUCACAUGUGUAAGCUCCUCUCUGGGCUUUAUUACCUGGCCUUGUACAGUGAGAUCUUCUUCAUCAUCCUGAUGACAAUUGACAGGUACCUGGCCAUCGUCCAUGCUGUGUUUGCCCUUCGAGCCCGGACUGUGACUUUUGCUACUAUCACCAGCAUCAUCACCUGGAGCUUGGCAGGACUGGCAGCAUUCCCUGAAUUUCUUUUUUAUGAGACCCAAGACAGCCCUGGCGAGUCUCUCUGCAGUCCUCGUUACCCAGAGGGUGAAGAAGAGAGCUGGAAGCGUUUCCACGCUCUAAGGAUGAAUAUCUUUGGUCUAGCUCUUCCUCUCCUCGUCAUGGUUGUCUGCUACUCAGGAAUCAUUAAAACUCUGCUGAGAUGCCCCAAUAAAAAAAAGCACAAGGCCAUCCGGCUGAUUUUUGUUGUCAUGAUAGUCUUCUUUAUUUUUUGGACCCCUUACAACCUGGUUCUCCUUCUCUCUGCUUUUCACAGUACAUUUUUGGAGAACAGCUGUCAGAAGAGCACACACCUGGACCUGGCCAUGCAGGUGACCGAGGUGAUCGCCUACACCCACUGCUGUAUCAAUCCAAUCAUCUAUGCCUUUGUUGGUGAGAGAUUUCGGAAACACCUUCGGCUCUUUUUCCACAGGCACGUGGCGAUCUACCUGGGGAAAUACAUUCCAUUCCUUCCUGGUGAGAAAAUGGAAAGAACCAGUUCUGUCUCCCCGUCCACUGGGGAGCAGGAAAUCUCUGUGGUGUUCUAGCUGGGCAGAGAAAACUCGCCUACCUUACAUGGACUGGGAGAUGAAGCGAA